ACACAUGACGACCUCUUCCUGGUGAACAUGACCCUUCGGUCUCCCAAACAACAACCUCCGAAGUCUACCACAACCGCAAGGAAGAUUAGAAACCGAGCUGAUCAAGGUCUCGCUAUCCACCCACCAGAAGUACGCCAAUACAAAGGGCAGCAAGCAUUCCGAGCAAAUACAAUUCCUGGUGUGCACCAAAUACAUCGAUCACAGAACAUCCACACUGGGUCUUGGGAACCUGAAAACUCUCCAUCGAUCACACGAAGCAGCACUUCUCAUCCCAGCGGAUUUGAGCAGGACCCGCAUUCCAGUGCCUUGAUUGCUCAACCACUAGGCAGCACUCAGUACAUCUCUCCUCGCGAAUCGCGUCUGGCCGUAUCCUCUGGUUCAGCAGCGACAAACAUUACAGAUUACACAGUGCGAGCCACGCCAGAAUCGGAUCUACUACAAUCGCCUCUCCCAUCUCUAUCUGGCAGUCAUACCGCUACAGAGUUUGACCUUCGAAUAUCAGCAGAACCUGAACCUUCCCACGACGCUUAUCUAAGAACACAAGAUAUGAGCGCACAAAUUGGUUACAUGAUGGCUCCAGCCCCAUAUGCAAUGGAUUACGGAUCUCCACAUCACCUCGAUUCCCCUACAUACCCACCGAUAGAGUCACCUUACCCGGAUACUAAGCAAACAUCAUCGGCACCAUAUCCUCCUUCAUAUGCACAUAGCCACAGUGUCUCUAGUCAUAAUACUUCUCGACGAUCAGUUGAUCAGCCGUCACUUCCCCCGUACCAGGCGCCGUCGAUGCCUCGAAGUCCAUAUCAGCAGUCUAUGGCACCAGUGCGAACAAGCGCUUCACCGAUGAGCUACCCUAUGACGACCAGCGAAGCUCCUUCGUUGCUGAGCUCUGCUCCACAACAAUACACUUACCCUGCGAUGCAUUCUAAUGUACCUGCGCAAUCGCUUGGAAGCAGUUCUGGCAGUUACCCACCACCUCCGUUAUAUCCCUCGACAAGCUAUGCCGACUACGCGCCUUUCCCCGGAUCAUUGCACCCUACCAGUAGCUCUCCAGGUCAUUAUUCACCAUACGAACAACAUACACCAACUUUGGGGCCAUCAACUACAUCACCGGUUACAGGACUCUCAUCGGCUCAGCCGACACAGCCCAGCGGUGUCAUGCCACGCAUAUUAAACUCAAGACCGAAGCCCCAAUGCUGGGAGCACGGCUGCAAUGGCCGUCAAUUCUCUACCUUUAGCAAUUUGUUGCGACACCAGCGAGAAAAGUCGGGCACUGCGACGAAAAGUACUUGUCCAAGAUGCGGUGCUGAAUUCACGAGAACGACUGCACGGAAUGGGCACAUGGCGCACGAGAAAUGCAAGCCAAGAAGAACUUCAGAUUCCCAUCGCUAG